AUGCGCGGCCUCCAGCUCGGGGCGCUCGGCGCACUGUGGCUGCAGGUCAUUACUCUGGGCCACCCCUUGCCACAUGUGGAGCAAUACGAGGUGGUGCGGCCCCAGCGCCUGCCCGAACCCCGUGCCCGCAGAACCCUGCUCUCCCGUGUGGGGCUAUACCCGGAGCGUGUGAGCUACGUCCUUGGAGCUGGAGGACACACCUUCACCCUGCACCUGCGGAAGAACAGGGACCUGCUGGGCUUGGGCUAUGUGGAGACCUACACAACCGCCAACGGCUCAGAGGUGACCGAGCAGCUGCAUGGGCAGGACCACUGCUUCUAUCAGGGCCACGUGGAGGGGCACCAGGGCUCUGCUGCCAGCCUCAGCACCUGCGCCGGCCUCAGAGGCUUCUUCCGGGUGGACUCGGCCAUCCACCUGAUCGAGCCCCUGGAUGGGGGUGGCGAGGAGGGGCAGCAUGCAGUGUACCAGGCCCAGCAUCUGCGGCAGAAGCGGGUAACCUGCGGGGUCAGCAACACCAGCCUGGAUCAUGCCCUGGGGCCUCGGAUCGCAGCGGCUUUCAGGCCUCAGCCCCGGAACCAGCCACUAUCCCGAGACACCCGCUACGUGGAGCUGUACGUGGUCACAGACAGUGCAGAGUUCCAGAUGCUGGGGAGCAGAGCGGCCGUGCGCAGUCGGGUGUUGGAGGUGGUGAACCACGUGGACAAGCUUUAUCAGGAACUCAACUUCCGCGUGGUCCUGGUGGGCCUGGAGAUCUGGAACAACUGGGACAAGUUCCAGGUCAGCCCGCAGGCUGAUGUCACGCUGGACAAUUUCCUUGCCUGGAGGGCACAGGCUCUGACGGGGCAGCCCCGGCAUGACAAUGUGCAGCUCAUCACGGGGGUCGACUUCACUGGGACCACCGUGGGCCUGGCGAAAGUGUCCAGCAUGUGCUCCAGCAGCUCCGGGGCUGUGAACCAGGACCACAGCCAGAACCCUGUGGGUGUGGCAUCCACCUUGGCCCACGAGAUGGGCCACAACCUGGGCAUGGACCACGAUGAGAACAUCCAGGGCUGCUACUGCCCCGUGCCACGUGAGGGCGGUGGCUGCAUAAUGGCCACCAGCAUCGGCUCCAGGUUCCCCCGGAUGUUCAGCCAGUGUAGCCAGACUGACCUGGAGACGUUCCUGGAGAAGCCACAGACGGGCUGCCUGGCCAACGCCCCGGACCCCGACCAGCUGGUGGGCGGCCCCGUGUGUGGGAACCACUUCGUGGAGCGUGGGGAGCAGUGCGACUGUGGCCCCCCCCAGGACUGUCACAACCGCUGCUGCAACGCCACCACCUGCCAGCUGGCCAUGGGGGCCGAGUGUGCCCAUGGCGACUGCUGCCACGAGUGCAGGGUGAAGCCAGCUGGCAAGCUGUGCCGUGCCCGGAAGGACUCCUGUGACCUGGAGGAGUUCUGCGAUGGCCAGCAGCCUGCAUGCCCGGAAGACGCCUUUCAGGAGAACGGCAUGCCCUGCCCCGGGGGCUAUUGCUUCAAUGGGGGCUGCCCCACGCUGGCCCAGCGGUGCCAGGAGCUGUGGGGACCAGGUGCCCGGCCUGCCGCAGAGACCUGCUUCUCAUACAACAUGUUGCCAGGCUGCAGGGGCCAGAGUUCUCUUGGCACAGGCAGGGUCAACAGAUGUGGCGUCCUGUACUGUGAGGGGGGGCAGAAGCCCCCGGAGCGCAGCUCCUGCAUCCUCACCUCCCACUCAGCUGUGUGCCAGGCUCUCGGCAUGGGCGCUGACGCCACCUACGAGCUGGUGCCCGAAGGCACCAAGUGCGGCAAGGAAAAGGUCUGCUGGGAAGGACGCUGCCAGGACUUCCAAGUGUACAGGUCCAGAAACUGCUCUGCCAAGUGCCACAGCCACGGGGUGUGCAACCACAAGAGGGAGUGUCACUGCCAGGCUGGCUGGGCCCCGCCCGACUGUGCAGAGCUGCUGGACAAUGUGUGCGCAGCGUCUGGGAGCUUCCCGGUCGGCGUGCUGGUGGCUGUGCUGUUCCUGGUGGCCGUGUUGGUCAUCGUGGUAGCCUUCAUCAUCUACCGCAAGGUCCGGAGCCACGGCCAGAAGCGGAAUGCAGCGCCCAAGACCACUGUGGGGCUCUCCAACCCCCUGUUCCGUGGCGGGGGCAGCCCUGCACCAGCCAAGGCCAGGGCUAUGGCCCCCACACAAGGAUCCCCCGAGCUGGUCUCUGCCAACAGCCCCAGCCAGCCUCCCAGACCCACAGCUUCCUCUAUGACUCCGAAGAGGCUACCUCCUGCUCCUUCAGCUGCCACGUCCAGCCCAGCCUUCCCAGUUCCUGUCUACACCCAGCAGGCACCAGGACAGCAGCUCAGACCUGCUCCUCCCACCAAGCCUCUGCCAGAGCUGAAGCCCAAGCAGGUUGUCAAGCCGACCUGUGCGCCCCCAAUGCCUCCGGUCAAGCCUGCGGUUGGCAAGGCCCAGCCAGGCCUGGCUCAGGGAGUUGUUGGCCCAAAGGUUGCUCUCAAGCCCCCUAUCCAGAGGAGGUGACAGGCUUGAGCUCCCAAAACACCACAGGGGUGGGGGGAACAUCGUGCACCUGUCUGGAAGUUUGGAGAAAUCACAACAGAAGAGCCACGUGCUUCAGCA